UAGUGAGAGACGGAGGGUGUAACGCGUGUUAUUCCCAUAUAAACUAACUUAUCGCUCUUUGGUAAAUUAUCAAGUACAUUUCCUUCAGAGUAGACCAUGGAAGAGAUCCACCUUGUUCCAGCAGUACAGAAACCAUUAUUUCGUCUGCCAACUCGGUCAGGCUUGGCCCUCCCAUCUGUUUUGUCAGAAUAUGCUAAAAACCUGUCAAAACCUCAAAAGAUUGUAAUAAUCAGUGUAGGAACUGGUUUAGCAUUGGUUGGACUCGUGGCUCGAUAUCUGCGUCGUCGUCGCCGUCGCACACCUCGAAAAUCUGCGUUGGUCAAACAUGAUGACUUGACUCGCAGCUCUCGAAAAGCAAAGCCCAUCACAAUAUGUAGUCCCUCUGGAGAAAUUCACAGUGUUGGGGGCAAUGUGUCUCCAGGAUUCCAUCGUUCUGUUCAUCGUCAAAGUUCGAUCUCUGUGAGCAGUGAUCGAACAAGCGUAGCCUCUGUGUUAACCACACAUGCUGCCGACGCUAACACACUGACGCCUCAGCAGUACGGAGUUAUGGGUAAGAACACCAUGUUUGUUGUGAGUGCUGAUGUAGGCCCAGUAGAGAAUGAGACCUUUCGUAAUUUUAGUCUGAAGAUUAGCCCCCAAGUGCUCACCUAAAGAGUUGUACCCCCAGCUUAACCAGCCUGAAGAUUAACAUCCCAAAACUACCUGGGAAAUUAAUCUUCAAAAGAGCAUAAAGGCCAAAAUUGUGAAUGCAGGUACAGGUUAGCAAUCCAUUAUCCGAAAUCCU